AUGUUUCGAUUGAUUCUAGCAAUCAUUCCAUUAUUCGCGUAUGUUUUAGCAGAGCCGUACGUGUGCAGUCAACUCCAAACUUACGAUUAUGUUGUAAAUAAGACAAUUUAUUAUCCAUCGACAUGGAACAAUACUGAUUCUUGGAGUCCGCAGUUCGCUGCUGGCCAAAAAUGCGAGUUUGUGAUCAAUAUUCCAGAAUCUCAAUAUGCUAUGAUUAACAUUUACGCAAAUAUGACCAAUUCGACUUUGAGUGUCGUUGAUUCCAUUGGAAAUGUUGAUAUAGUCAAAGUUUCCAAAGGAAUUCCGUUUUUCAUGAUUGCUCCAUCGUGUAGGCUUCUGCUAGAUGCUCAAUCUGUUGAGUCGUUUGCAUUCGCUCUUCAAUAUUACCCGGUCCCCGCCUUUACGCCUAACAGUUAUACGGUCAAGGCUGGCGCCGAUGCUCUCGUCUUUCAAGAUAAGGACGCAGACAAUGGAGUUGUGAUUACUGCUGACUCACGAGUGUCGAUUGUCACGUUCGAUGUUGAUUAUUUUUUUGCCGGGCUUGAGCCACUUUUGCGAACUACAGUUAUUUUCGACGGGCCUGAUAUGAACUCGAAAUUUUUGGGAAAUUUGUAUCAAGCCUACAUGUCUCAGCAUCAGUUGGUCUCAUCUGGAAAACAACUAACAGUUUUCACAUUGUUUCCAGAUGUUAAAACUAUUGUUGGAACAUUCUCCGGUAUUAAAUGUUAUACUAACAUCAUCUGUCCCUUUAGAGUGGAUGCUGCUGAUGGUCCAUCGGUGGCUUUGAGCUAUUCACCAGCCGAUUAUCUGACGAAAGUCAACAUGUCGCAGACCACUUCAAAAUUGUCAGUUUUUGAUCGCGCUUUUGUUCCAAAGAAUAAACUCGUUGAAUAUUCAUCAUCUGACUUCAAUCACAGCCUUCCACAAAAAUUUGCUGGAAAUUUGAGAUACUACUAUCUUGACAAAGGAAGUGCGAUAAUUGAUUUAUCUCGAUCUGCAAUCGAUUCGAAGUGGUCGAAAACAAGAGAUGGUCGAAAAGGAUUCAUCACAUCCAAUAACUACGGAUUAUCGAAAUCUAAUCAAACAAUGAAUGAAUUAUUUGAAGGAAGUAAGUAUAAAUACGAAUUCACACUGAAUAUUAAAUCUGGAGCAAAUGGGUUGAAUGGAAGUGCAGAGAUGACGGUGAUCGUGAUCGGAGAAAAUAAUGCGGAAUCUAAAACAAAAUACUCAAAAGCGAAUUUGCCGACGAAUCCAAUAGUCGUCGAUGGUUAUGAGCUAGGUGUGACGUAUGAUUCGAAAUCGGAAAUAUCAAACGGAAUUUUUGUGGAUUUCACGAUGAAACAAAUCAAUUCAGCUAGGAUAUAUGGACUUGCGGGCACUAUUAUGAUGGUGAUUUAUCAGCUGUUUUAA